GUCUGUGAACUGCCAACGCGUUAUGAGCGGAAUGACAAGCCAAGGCUGAACGCAGCCCAGGUAAGAAACCUUGAAGCCAAUAAACAGAGAAAGAAAAUAUGUUAUGUGUAUUAAAAAGGCAAACAGAUGAAAAUAAAAACAGACGGAGGCCGAUAUAUUCCUUAAAUUCUUAUCCCUGAAAAGAUGCGCUUGGCAUGGGAUGCUUUCCUGAGCUUCCUCUAUUCUUCAUCUUCACUUGAUGGAAGAGGGAUGGAGAAACAAGCUCGUUCUGUGUGAUUCACCCUCCUGCUGCUGAAGCGAUGAGUAACCUGCUCCAAAACACUUCACUUUUGAAUUGGGAUGUAUUAGAGGAAAGAAACACGUCAUCUCCCCCGUCCUGGGAGCUGGAGCCGGUGCCCGUGAUCGUUAACCCGUGGGACGUGCUGCUGUGUGUGACGGGAACGCUCAUGUCCUGCGAGAACGCAGUGGUGAUCGCUCUCAUCGCCUACACGCCCACACUGAGAGCACCUAUGUUCGUCCUCAUCGGGAGUCUAGCGUUCGCUGACCUCCUGGCCGGCCUGGGCCUGAUCCUCAAUUUCAUUGUAACUUACAUAAUCGAUUCGGGAUUUGUCACGCUGCUGUCGACGGGGCUCGUCAUCACAGCCUUCUCGGCGUCUGUGCUCAACAUCCUGGCGAUAACCGUGGACCGUUACCUGUCGCUGUACAACGCGUUGACGUACCACACCGAGGGCACGGUGAUGUUCACUUACAUCACACUCAUCCUGUUGUGGGUCAUCAGCACCGCGCUCGGUUCGCUCCCUGUCCUGGGCUGGAACUGUUUGGAGGAUGAGAGCACCUGUAGCAUCUGUCGACCGGUGAACAAAAACAACGCCGCGGCGCUCGCCGUGUCCUUGCUCCUGGUCUUCGCUCUCAUUCUGCAGCUGUACCUCCAGAUCUGUAAGAUCGCUUUCCGGCACGCUCAGCAAAUCGCUGUUCAGCGUCAGUUUAUGACUACCUCGCACUCAUCUUCCACCACGAAAGGGGUCUCCACCCUCACCACCAUCCUGGGCACUUUCGCCUUCUGUUGGAUCCCUCUCGCCAUGUACUCACUGGUGGCCGACUCUCGAACCCCUGUGAUCUACACCUACGCCACUUCUCUUCCGGCCAUCUGCCACUCCAUCAUUAACCCCAUGAUAUAUGCGUUCAGGAACCCUGAAAUUCUCCGAUCUUUGAGGAUUGCUUGUUGCUGGUGCAUGCCUUACAGUUUCAUCAUGCGACCCAGGACCCCCAGCGAUGUGUAGCGUCUUCAGAUUAAAGCACAAUGUUAGCGGUGGCCUGUCUGUAAAGCACAUGGCGCGUAUAAUCCACAUAUUGUAAUCCAGUGGAGUGGGUAAAUAUUUUUUUAUUUGGCCAAUUUGGUAGCACUUCAUAUCUUUGUGUCCAUGUUACAUGUAUAGUAUGAUAAGUUACUAUUACGAUUAAUUGGUAGUUGGAAUAAUUUUAUAUAACAUAAAGUUUAAUUUCUUUACGUAAAGGUAAAAAAUGAGAUUGGGAGGGAAACAUUUGGUGCUUUUAUGUUGCUCAAUUUGGUUUGAUAACAAAACUUUCAUAUUGGAUAUAAUAUGAAGUUGGAGAAAAUAUUUUACUAUGUAAUAUUAUAUAAUAAUAUAAUAUAAUUUUAUAUAUUUUAAUGUUUUGCAUUCGCUCACAAAGAUUUUGUGUUCCCCAUGAAAUGUAUUUGCUUGAUUGCAACUUUUAUGACAGAGAUAAUAUGGGGUGGAAAAAAGGCUAUAUUUUACAGUUUUUGUGUUCUGUGAAUUUUCAGUUCUCUUGCAAGAUUUUUACUUUCCCCCGUGAAAUUUUGUAAACUUGCAAUAUUAUGAUGUGGAAAGAAAACCUUUAUUUCAUUGUUUUUGGAUUCUCUCGCAAGAGUUUAACAUUCCUCCGAAAAAACUUUGCAUUCGCUUGCAAUUUUUUUUUGUCUACAAUAAUAUGAUGACUGUACUGGGCAAAUAACACUGUAAUGUAAAGAUUGACCUGCAAUGUCUGUAGUGAUGUUUGGUGGCAUUGAUGUAAAUGGAUGUUUCUAUAUGCAUUUAGACAGUAUUCCAGUAUUGCAUUUCAACACAGAUAAUGAAAAGGGUAUAUAUAGGCCUUUAAUUAUCCAAAUGUAGCAUACACAUUCUACAAAUGUUCCACUUAAAAUGGUAACAGGAUUUUAAAGAAAUGAUUUCCACAGCGUGUCACUAUUAAUUUGUGCAAUCAAACUAACCACUGUACAAUAUUCCAUUGGUGUGCCAUUCUGUUCCUGCUUGUUCAUGUUCAGGAACCCUAUCAGUGAUUUGUUUAGGAUAGCAGAACGUGUGUUAAACUAGACAGUUAUUAAAAUAUUAAUGCAUCAUGUUUGGGGUUUAAGUUCUCUACAUCAUAUGCUGAUAUAUAUUGAUGUGAUCUUCCAGGUAUUGUUACAACACUACCAUACAAACAGACAUUGAGAUAAUCGUUUUCUGUAGUACACUAUUGAUUGCUUUCUAUUUCAAAUGAUCUAAAUGAUGUUGUGCGAAUGUGUGGUUCAGUAUGCCUUAUCUGCACUUGCUUUGAAUGUUGCAAACAGUUUUGCAAUCAUUUUAUAUUUGUAAAUGCAAUGGUAAAUAGAGAAGAGUUGUGUUUGUAUUCACAGUCAUUUUUAGUAGAUUGUGGGGUCCGCUGUGAAAACAUAAGUUUCAUCUACUUAAAGGGUGUGAUAACGUGUAGUUUGGUUUGAUGAGAUGUCUGCUCACCUGAGACAACAUCUUCUAGUAGAGGCAGCCAAAGAAUCAAAUGUGAUGUUGUAUUUACAGAACUUGAAUGAAACUACAGUGUUAUUUAAAAUAUUAUAGUAUAAAAUGUCUAGAUGUCUGAAUGUACUGUGCAUUGAUGAAAGUUUCACAUUAGCAGCUGUGAUUGUCUCAGACUUUAUAAGACAGUUUAACAUAAAAUAUUGGUCUUUAUACAUGACAGUGUUACAUUGCAAUUAUUUUCUGCUUAAAAUUUAUAUAGAAGUAUAUUUUUAUACUUGAUUCGAAAGUUGCACUCCUUGUGUGUUGAGCAGGGUCCCAUUAAUAUCAUGUCACAGUGUCACUGAUCUCUGUCCAGCAAUUACUCCAGAAACCUGUCUGUUUCAAUGCCCCCCUUUGUCUAAGACAAUAUUCAAAGGCCCUUUUAGCUAAGCUGAUGUGUAUCUCUGAUACUUCAGUUGUAAUGAUAAUAAAUGCAUUUAAAAAGA